AUGCUGCUUCUGACGCUGUCCUCGCCAGCUCUCCUGCCUCGUCGUGCCGCGCUCGACCUUGCGGCGUCGGCAGGAAUCACGACGCUGCUGCCGCCGCUGCCCGCCGCUGCAAAGGCUGGCACCUUCGCAAAUAUGGACGGCUCCAAGUCGUCGAUGGCGGCUGGCGAUGCCUCCAACGCGUGCCUCUUCGCCCAGCCUGGCUCGGGGAUAUGCAUGGUGUACGAGAGCAGCGAGCCGAAGCUGUACUCGACGCCUGACCAGCGUGCGGCGCUCGAAAAGCUGCGGGCGGCCGCUGAGAAGCUCAGCGGACUCGGCGAGCUCAUCGCCUCGUCGCGCUGGACUGCGAUAUCGCAGCUGCUGGGCGGCAGCCGAGACCUACGUGAGGCCGUCGGAUUUCUCACGGACGACGAUGUGUCGAAAAAGGCGGCGAAGAAGGUCUUCCUGGACCUCGACGGCGUGGCUCUUGGAGCGAGCAAAAGGGACGGCAAGGCGGCGCAACUGUACUUUGCUUCGUAUUCGCGGGACAUGCCCGAGCUGUUGAAGCUGCUGAGGUAG